CCUUAUUGCUCAACAACUUGCGGUCGCUGCACACACACACACACACACACACACACACUCACUCACUCACUCACACACGCACAGCAACACCUCGGAGGAUGUCGGGGAUGGCUCGGAACUUGGACUGCGAGGACUGUUUAGCCUCUGCACAUGUGGCCAACAGCACGGAUUUGCACCUGCACUCCGCCGUGGAUGAGGACGAUGAACUUCUGAGAUACAUCUGGAGAGAGUACUUACACCCCAAGCAGUACGAGUGGGUGCUCAUCGUGGCUUACAUUAUUGUGUUCUUCGUUUCACUCAUCGGAAACUCGCUCGUUUGUUUUGCAGUGUGGAAAAACCGUCACAUGCGCACUGUGACCAACUAUUUCAUAGUGAAUCUCUCCUUCGCUGAUGUCUUGGUCACCAUCAUCUGCCUGCCUGCCAGUCUCGUGGUCGACAUCACGGAGACGUGGUUCUUUGGAAAUACUCUUUGCAAAGUUGUGCCUUAUCUGCAGACCGUCUCGGUUUCUGUGUCAGUCCUAACGCUGAGUUGCAUAGCCCAAGACCGCUGGUACGCCAUCUGCCACCCACUGAUGUUCAAGAGCACCGCCAAGAGGGCUCGCAAGAGCAUUGUUGUCAUCUGGGUUGUGUCGUGCACCAUCAUGAUCCCGCAGGCUAUUGUGAUGGAGUGCAGCAGCCUGCUGCCCGAACUCACAAACAAGACCAGCCUGUUCACAGUGUGUGAUGAACAUUGGAGAGCUGAGAUCUACCCGAAGGUGUAUCACACCUGUUUCUUCAUCGUCACCUACUUUGCCCCACUGUGUCUCAUGGUCCUGGCGUACAUCCAGAUAUGUCACAAGCUGUGGUGUCAACAGAUUCCUGGGAGCACAUCGGUAUUGCAGAGGAAGUGGAGGUCCAUCCAGUGCUCGGCUCCAGUUCCAGGCCCGGGAGAGCCUGUCAGGGUGAGGACCAGCACCGUCUGCGCUGAGAUCAAACAGGUCCGAGCCCGACGCAAGACGGCGCGGAUGCUGAUGGUGGUGCUGUUUGUUUUCGCCCUGUGCUACCUGCCCAUCAGCGUGCUCAAUGUCAUGAAAAGAGUCUUUGGGACUUUCAAGAACACAAAUGACAGAGAAACAGUGUAUGCAUGGUUCACUUUCUCCCAUUGGCUCAUAUAUGCCAACAGUGCAGCAAAUCCCAUCAUCUACAAUUUCCUCAGCGGGAAGUUCCGUGGGGAGUUCAAAGCUGCAUUUUCCUGCCAUCGCUAUGGCCGAGGCCAAAACCAAACAAAGAGGAUACGGACGAGAACGAGCACAGAUAGCCGAAAAUCUCUGUCCACUCAAGUCAACAACAUGGACAGUGUGUCACACAUUUCAGACCAAACAGUGUAGUCUUGUUAUCCAGGUAGUUCUUAGUACAGGGUUCAAAGGGCACACUCAUCACAUGAACAGGUACACAUUAAAAUGCUUUGUUCGGUUUGGAAGAAACCUCUGAAUGGAAAAUAAUCAAUGUCUCUAAACUGUUGUUUUGUGUUUGGUUAUAGUUUCACGCUUUGUGGAAACUAAAAAUCUCCGUUUCUGAAGAUCUUUUCACUUGUGUUACAUGAUCAGGGACACAGGACUAUUUAUUAUCAAAGAACAACGAUGUACAUGAUUUAGUGAUUCCCACUGUAUUUUAUGAUACACAGCUAAGUGACAUUGAUUCAGUUGCACAGAAAAUAUUUUUGUAAAUGUACCCUAUGUAUAACUUUAUAUUUAUUUCAGUGGCCGGAAUCAGCGUUACAGAUUAGGAGUGAUGAUUGUGGUUGUUUACAGUUGAAGAGCAGGUGCCAGAGAGAUUAUGAUUUAUAAUGGCUCUGAUUUGUAAUUUGUCGCCUUAAUUAGCAGAUGUCCAUCUUCGGUUUUUGCAGUAAAUGACCAUAAAUGUAUGAUAAUGUGCAUUAACAGUAUGUAAAUGAUACCAGGUCAACCAUCAUAAAGAUCAAUCAAACUCUAAAUGUCAUCAUAUUUAUUCAUGGCAGCUACACACCGUGAUACACUGUGUCCAGCAGCAGGGGGAAAUUUUGAAAUUUCAGAAGGUUUUAAACAUCAUAAAUCAUAAAAUUGAGAACUUCUCCUCUGCUCCCAGGGAGGAUUACAUUUUUCAGCACUGGGCUGAAGGGACAUCCAGUCAAUGAGAUCCUGUUUGAAAUGCAGAGAGAUGCUUCAGUCGGUCACCUCUGCAGGCAGCAGCACAGCCCAGCAGACCUGUCAACAACAAAAAAAAGUGGAUGUCAUGGAAACUAAAAAGAUUAAUGCCAAUGCUGAGCUACACUUAAGAGAUAUAUUCCUGAAAUAUACUUCAGAGAUCUGUUUGAUGAUAGGAAUAAACAACAUUGGCACAUAGUCAUUCUAUUUUUCAUUCUAUCAGCAUUGCCCUGUCAAUGUUUCUUAUUUUCUUACUAAAUGUAAUUUUUAUAUCAAAUGGAAUAGUCACAUGUUAGACAUCAUACCAUGCUUUGUUACAAGAUGUGUUUAUUUCUGAGUUUGUUUGUUUUUAAACAUUGUGAAAAUGCCUAAAUGGAGCAACACACUAUCAGAGCUUUUUUUUUUGCUUUUUUUUAAUUGCAUGACCAGCUGAACCUAAAGAAGACACAAUUUCAGCACAAUCAGCAUGCAGUUUCGAAUUUUUGCAGUUGGGAAAAUAAACAAGUUUCAUACAAUCAGUGGGUAUAGAAUUUAAUUCAGCUUGUAAAUGAUGUAAUCCUCAAACUGCAAUAAGACACCAAAAGCCAGAAUAUAAAAAAAUCCUCUCUUUUGUGUCAUGCACAAUGAAUUAAUUAAUUCAAUUUCAGAAAAACUUUGAUGUGAAUCCAUGUGAAGUUCACUCUGUUGUCCAAUGUGUCCUCAGCUUUUCACAUCCCCUCAUUGGUCUCUUGCCUUGAUGCGUCUGUGCUCGUGAGCUUUCAAAGUGUUUCAUCUGUCAGUUUAUUCCUCAUUGUG